AUGAAUUGGAGUUUGUUGUUACUGAUAGCUAUUGCAGCGCAAAUAAAUGUCGCCAUUGGUGAAAGGAGACAAGGGAACAUGAGAUUGCCGACAGGUUCAAGACGAUCUCUGUUCAGGCCAAUCAAUAUUCAGAAAUAUGAUGCCGAGGAACAAGGCGAACAAGAAGCUUCUAUUUCGACCUUCUACAAGAGUCUCCCAGCAUCACCAAUUCUAAAACUGCGAGGAGGCGGUGCGAUUGCAAAGUUUUCAAAAUACAUUGGGGAUAGUAGAGCGAGGAGUUGGGUUGUCCUAGUAAUAUCGAUUAUCUUGGACUCCAUGUCUUCGACCAUGAUGAAGCUGGGAAGAGACGAAGGUUCGAUUGUCAAACUGGCAACUGCCUAUUUUGGAUUCUUUACCAGUUUGACAGGUUUCGCACUAUGUUUGGGCGCCAUUGAGGUCAGCAUCGCAUAUGCUGUAUGGGCAGCACUCGGGACAGCCAUCGUCUCUGUGGUUGGGAUUACGUUCUUUGGAGAAAACUAUGACAUUUACAAGCUGUUAGGGUUAGGGAUGAUCAUUGUUGGUGUUGCCGUUGUCGAAUCUCGAAGUUAA